AUGACCACAGGCAGGAGCACCCCGGGCCCCCUGGGCCUGGAGGAAGAAGCCUGCCUGUCCUGGCGGCCGCCUGGGCGCCGGGGUCAGGGCGGGGCCCCGCAGGGACACCUCGGGGACCGCGCGCCCCUCCCAGGAGGCUCUGCCGGGCACCCGCCCUCGCUGCGGUGGGACUUACUGGGCUCGUCCGGAAUCAGGGAGAGCUUCCCGGAGGAGAAUGGCAUCCAGAAGUCCUGGGACUUCAUGAAGACACAUGACAGUGUGACCAUUCUCCUGUUCAACUCUUCCCAGAGGAGCCUGGUGUUGGUGAAACAGUUCCGGCCAGCUGUGUAUGUGGGCGAGGUGGAACGCCGCUUCCCAGGUUCCCUGGCAGCUGUGGACCAAGAUGGGCCACGGGUGCUGCCGGUGGCACUGCCGGGCUCAGCAGGGGUGACGUAUGAGCUGUGCGCCGGCCUUGUGGACCAGCCCGGACUGUCACUGGAGGAAGUGGCCUGCAAGGAGGCUUGGGAGGAGUGUGGCUACCACCUGACCCCGUCCGACUUGCGCCGGGUGGCCACCUACAAGGCUGGCGUGGGACUGACCGGCUCCAGCCAGACCAUGUUCUAUGCAGAGGUGACAGAUGCCCAGCGGGGUGGCCCGGGCGGUGGCCUGGCUGAGGAGGGUGAGCUCAUUGAGGUUGUGCACCUGCCCCUGGGUGGCGCCCAGGCCUUCAUGGACAACCCGGAUGUCCCCAAGACCCUCGGCGUCAUCUUUGGUAUCUCCUGGUUCCUCAGCUCUGUGGUCCCCAGCCUGGGUCCCCAGUGAUACCCCAGAGGGCUUGGACAGAGGCUGGGCCUGGCCCCUCACCCUGCAGACCCAAUAAAGGCUCGUGUGGCUCCA